GCUAUUUCUAUUUCCUUUUUUUCUGUUGAUUUUUAUUAUAAACAAACACUAUGGUGGUAUUUCCAGCCUCUUUCGGCAUAAGGCUUCUGGCAUUGUCCAGCGCAGUGUGCGCCUCGUCCGCGCACCAGCACGUGUUCUCAGCUCAGCACCACUAUUCAACAGAGCAAAUGCCUGCAUCCAACAAUGGAAACAGCCGCUACGCCGAGCCAAGCGUGGCAAAAACAUCCCAAUGGACAUCGAUAACAUCAAUGGAUGCCAUUCCCAACUACCAGUUGCGAGUCAAAAGCCCCCAGCUAUGCGACACCAACGUCACGCAGUACAGCGGAUACUUGGACACAUCCGAGGACAAGCAUUUUUACUUUUGGUUUUUCGAAGCACGCAAGGGCAAGCGUGAAGACGCACCCCUGAUACUCUGGCUCAAUGGAGGGCCCGGGUGCAGCUCAUUCACGGGGCUUUUGAUGGAGUUGGGUCCCUGCAGAGUCAGCCCAGGCGGCAACGACACGGAGCAUAAUCCGUUUGCGUGGAAUGAUCGCGCCCAUGUUAUUUUCCUCGACCAACCGACCAACGUCGGAUUCUCCUAUGGCUCAGAUGUGUUUACCUCUUUGGCUGCUGGAAAAGACGUCAAUGCUCUUCUGCAGCUGUUUUACGAGGGGUUCCCGCAGUACGCAAAGAGCGAGCUCCAUGUGUUUGGCGAAUCAUACGGCGGUCAUUAUGUGCCUGCAGUGGCCAAGGCUAUUCGCGAGUCCAAUGACCGAGUGAAAGAGAAUAGACACGUGGCGCAACUGCAAGGAGUAGAUGAUUCUGAGGAUCUCCGCAUACUUCCGCUUGUCUCAAUCGGCAUUGGCAACGGCAUAGUUGAUCCGCUGGUACAGUACAAGUACUAUUCCCAAAUGGCGUGCAACUCGACGUACGCGCCGGUUCUCAGUAAGGAGCAGUGUAAGUCUAUGGAUGACGCUUAUCCGACGUGCGCGCGGAUGACCCGGGCUUGCUACAAGUGGAGGAACGCCCUGGCUUGCGUGCCGGCUAUGAUGUAUUGCGGUAAUAAGAUCGAGGGCAUGUAUAUGAAGUCGGGCCGUAACCCAUACGAUGUGCGGCGGGAUUGCGAGGGCAACGACCUGUGCUAUCCGAUAUUGAACGAUAUUGACACGUACCUGAACCUGCCCGAAGUGCAGAGGGAGCUGGGAGUCGAGGUCAGCAAGUAUGCGUCUUGCUCGGAUAAGGUCUACACGGGGUUUUCGCUCAACGGCGACUUAAUGAAACCGUUCCACCAAGAGAUUCCGCCACUAUUGGCUGAUGGAAUUCGUGUUUUGGUUUACGCCGGCGACGCUGACUUUAUCUGCAACUGGUACGGAAACAAGGCGUGGUCGAUGGAGCUGGAGUGGCCUGGAAAGGAUGCGUUUAAUCAGGCGGGCGACAAGGAGUGGGCUGUUGGAAGGGACUCGGCUGGCGAGGUGCGCAGCUACGGGAAUUUUACGUUUUUGCGCGUGUUCAGUGCCGGCCAUAUGGUUCCCUACGACCAGCCGGCCAAUGCACUCGACAUGAUCAACCGCUGGCUGGCAAACGAGGAAUUCUAAAUGGUUUUUGUAAAUGAAUAAGUAAAAAUCCAAUAACCC